AUGCUGUUUUUCCCGCAUCGUGUCAAGGAAGGCAAGCUCAGUUUGUCGAGUGGCUCCUACGAUCCCCCUCCCCUCGCCCUGGGCCAAGAACGCCGGCUGUUAGCAGAUAAGAUUUACCACACUUCAAAGGCAGCGCCCUCGACCCGAUCCCAGGCCCACCUGCCGGCUACAGCGCGUGUCCUCUUGGGUCGAGCUCCACUCCCGCCCUGUCCGGCCUCCUCCUCCUCCCCGGCCACCUUCGGCAGCUCCCUCCUGUCUCCGGCACAGAGUAGCCACGAGUCGACCUCAGAGCUGCCCUUCGGGACCCUGUUGCCAGGGUCCAACGCAGCGCCUCUGCACCACCAGCGCAGAGGGCUCUCAAGUAGCUCUGAUUGA